GAGGCGGAGCUGAGAGGACGCGCAGGGGAGGUGACCUCGCGGCAGGUGAGCAGCGGCGGCUGACGGGUGACGGCGGGGGGAACAGGGUGGCCGCCCCGCCGCCACGCUCUGGUCCCUGGCCUUGGCGAGGCGGCCGUCCUGCGGGCCUCACUCCCAGGUUAUAAAUCAUCAUUAAUCAAGAAGAUGUCUUCAGCACCGGAAUCUCCUGCCUUUAAAAACGAACCACCCAAAGAGAAAGACUUUCAAAACCCAGGGCUCAGAGGGGUCCGCACAACAACUUUAUUUCGAGCUGUGAAUCCAGAGCUCUUCAUUAAACCUAACAAACCUUUAAUGGCUUUCGGAUUGAUAACCCUUUCACUUUGCGUGGCGUAUAUUGGUUAUCUACAUGCAACACAAGAGAAUACAAAGGACCUGUACGAAGCUGUUGAUGGUGAGGGACACAGUUACAUGAGGAGGAGAACAUCUAAAUGGGAUUAAUAGUGCUGGAUACCACAGAUGGAGCUUCAUAAAGGGCUCUGAAAUCUUUGAAGGAAAGACUUUGUGAGUGCAUAGUAUCAGCUUCUUGUUCUGGAACGUGUUGAUGAGGAGAGAAGGUAGCAGUUGCAGCCAGGCCUUGAGGCUGCAGUCCUUACCUCAUUCUUUCUCCACAGCGGGAGCUUCUUAAUGUUGUUCUUUUAUUAAGUCCUCAUAUCAAAGUGUCAGGAAAAUGGAAAUCGUUUUGUUAAUUAUUAUGUUCUAUAUAAUAAAAGUACCCAGUGCUAUCAAA